GAUGGCAACCCCGGCGGCGGUCAACCCUCCGGAAAUGGCUUCGGACAUCCCUGGAUCGGUGACAUUGCCCGUUGCCCCCAUGGCGGCCACUGGACAGGUGAGGAUGGCCGGGGCCAUGCCCGCCCGCGGAGGAAAGCGGCGUUCUGGAAUGGACUUUGAUGAUGAAGAUGGAGAAGGUCCCAGCAAAUUUUCAAGAGAGAACCACAGUGAGAUUGAAAGGAGGCGGCGGAACAAGAUGACCCAGUACAUCACCGAGCUCUCUGACAUGGUUCCCACGUGCAGCGCGCUGGCCCGGAAGCCAGACAAGCUCACCAUCCUGCGCAUGGCUGUCUCGCACAUGAAGUCCAUGCGGGGCACCGGGAACAAGUCCACAGACGGCGCCUACAAGCCUUCGUUCCUGACGGAGCAGGAACUGAAGCAUCUCAUCCUUGAAGCGGCUGAUGGAUUUCUGUUUGUAGUGGCGGCUGAGACGGGGAGAGUGAUUUAUGUGUCUGACUCCGUUACCCCCGUGCUGAACCAGCCCCAGUCAGAGUGGUUUGGGAGCACCCUCUAUGAACAGGUGCAUCCUGACGAUGUGGAGAAGCUGAGAGAGCAGCUGUGCACCUCAGAAAACUCAAUGACAGGCCGGAUCUUGGACCUGAAGACUGGGACGGUCAAGAAAGAAGGGCAGCAGUCAUCCAUGAGGAUGUGCAUGGGCUCCCGGAGGUCCUUCAUCUGCAGGAUGAGGUGUGGAAAUGCUCCUUUGGACCACCUUCCUCUAAACAGAAUAACCACCAUGAGGAAAAGGUUCAGGAAUGGCCUUGGCCCUGUGAAAGAAGGAGAAGCCCAGUAUGCUGUGGUCCACUGCACAGGCUACAUCAAGGCUUGGCCUCCAGCAGGAAUGACCAUACCCGAAGAAGAUGCCGACGUGGGACAAAGCAGUAAAUAUUGCCUUGUGGCAAUUGGAAGACUCCAGGUGACCAGCUCUCCUGUGUGCAUGGACAUGAGCGGGAUGUCGGUGCCAACGGAAUUCUUAUCCCGGCAUAACUCUGACGGGAUCAUCACAUUUGUGGACCCAAGAUGCAUCAGUGUGAUUGGCUACCAACCCCAGGAUCUUCUAGGAAAGGACAUUUUGGAAUUCUGCCACUCUGAGGACCAGAGCCAUCUGCGGGAGAGCUUUCAGCAGGUGGUGAAGCUGAAAGGCCAAGUGCUGUCGGUCAUGUAUCGAUUCCGCACCAAGAACCGGGAGUGGGUGUUAAUCCGCACCAGCAGCUUCACCUUCCAGAACCCCUAUUCUGAUGAGAUCGAGUACAUCAUCUGCACCAACACCAAUGUCAAGCAGCUUCAGCAGCAGCAGGCGGAAUUGGAGGUGCACCAGAGAGACGGGUUGUCAUCCUACGACUUACCGCAGGUUCCUGUCUCCAACCUACCAGCCGGGGUUCACGAGGCCGGGAAGUCUGUGGAAAAGGCAGACUCAAUCUUUUCCCAGGAAAGAGAUCCGCGGUUUGCCGAGAUGUUUGCAGGAAUCAGUGCAUCGGAGAAGAAGAUGAUGAGCUCGGCUUCUGCAGCAGGAACUCAGCAGAUCUACUCCCAAGGCAGCCCGUUUCCCCCGGGACACUCGGGAAAGGCCUUCAGUUCUUCGGUGGUGCACGUGCCUGGCGUGAACGACAUCCAGUCCUCUUCCUCGACGAGCCAGAACAUGUCCCAGAUCUCCCGGCAGCUAAACCAGAGCCAGGUGGCGUGGGCGGGUAGCCGGCCGCCCUUUCCCGGACAGCCGAUCCCCUCCCAGUCCAGCAAGACUCAGUCUUCUCCCUUUGGGAUUGGAACGAGCCACACCUACCCGGCCGACCCCUCCUCCUACAGUCCUCUCUCCAGUCCAGCCACCUCCUCGCCCAGCGGGAACGCCUACUCCAGUCUUGCCAACAGGACUCCAGGGUUCGCUGAAAGUGGACAAGGUAGCGGGCAGUUCCAAGGGCGGCCCUCGGAAGUCUGGUCGCAGUGGCAAAGCCAGCACCACGGACAGCAGAGCGGUGAGCAGCCGUCCCACCAGCAGCCGGGUCAGACUGAAGUGUUCCAGGACAUGCUGCCCAUGCCAGGAGAUCCAACCCAGGGGACCGGCAACUAUAACAUUGAAGACUUUGCUGACCUGGGCAUGUUCCCGCCGUUUUCUGAGUAGCUGCGGACAGAGCGAGGCUUCCACCGGGCAGUGCCCCCCAUGCUGUGACAUCUACGCCCACGUGAACGGGGCCCCCCCCGCGCCCUGCUUGCCCUGCCGCGGGACCCCCCAGCAGAAGACAUCUCGCCCCCCGUGUUCCCCUCACUGCCGUGGUGUUGCUCAGCUUCUAACCCACAGCUGCAGCUGCUCGGCCACCGACCAGGAGCCCAGUAGACGUUGGGGGCUGGUAGUAUUUAUUGUAUUUCACCUGUCUGUGCUUGGGAGGCGAGCCCAUUGGGUUCUUAAAACCUGGUUGUGAAUAAUCUCAUAUUAGACAAUUUUCAUCUAUAAAAAGUUCAGUUACAGCUCAGAGAGCCCGAGCGGCACCCUCAGGCCUGCCCAGGAAGCUGGAAUCUGGUUUCUUCGGGCCUUUAACUCCUGUGUCCGGGUGGGGCUUAGGGGGUGUUGGGGAAAGAGGUGAACAGGAUGCACAGGCUUUGUUCUCGGAGCUGGAGAGGAGGAGCCUGGGGACGCCGGGGGGGACGCCGGCUCCUCUGGGCCCUGUCUCAGCCACGUCUGUCUGUGCGUCCGUCGUGCCGUGAGACGUGUGUACGUGGUGCAGUGUGAUGUGAAUCUUUGUCCUGACGGAUGUGUUGUGCCCCGUGUCUGUCGUGUGCGGCCACAGUGAGGGUCUAGAAUCCCGGGUGUGUGGCGAGAGUGACAUCCUGGAUGUGCAGCCCUGUCCAAGCUGAGCAGGACCCCCUGUGGCCGGAGGAAGCAGGGCCCAGGGCCUGGGCACCGGGCGGACAGGCUGACCUGAGCAGACGGGCACUUGACAGCGUCACCAGGAGUCCUGGCCGGGAGCUGCUCACUUUGACGGGUCAGUUCUUUGGUCCAAGCCCCCCGCGUGCAGAUUCAGAGCCCACGAGAGUGCCCACCCUUUCCUCUCUGUGUCUGAAGAGCGGCCUCUCCUGGUUCCUCCAGGUUUCUCAUCCUUGCCCUGUUGGUGAGAGCCGGGCUUUGUCCCCACCCGAUGGCUGCAGGGAGCACCCCUUGAGCUCACAGAGACCCUGGCCCCCAUGGGGGUGUAAGGGGGAGGGCAGGGCGCCCAGGCCUCCCAGUCCUUCUGUGCCACAGGAUGCCUUCCUGGGACCAAGUUCUGGAGAUGACUGA